AGUACAACCAAUAAGAAAAUAUCAAAAAGAUGUUUCCACCUUCGUGGUGGACGCGGGUAAUGUCAUGUUGCGUGGCUCGGGAUCACCACCUGGAACGCGGCGACGCUUCUUUGGAGCCUUUUCCUCAUCCUGCUCAGGUACCACGAUCUUAUAAAAAAAGUAUGAUCUUUGUUCUUGACUCUGACUCAUUUAUAAUAUAGAUACAUAUGUUUUUAUGAUUUUUGUUCUUGACUCAUUUGAAUACUACUCAUCCAUGUGUAUCAAGAGUCUCCUGGAGGAUCAACAGCUGGAGUUGGCCUUGGUUUAAGUAAGAUGGUUGUAGACUAGUACCUACUCGUUGGAUUUGAGUGCUCCCAUUUCGUGGACGUCGUCCAUGAAUAUUCCAAACCGAUCCACGAACUUAUGUAUUUUUUUUGGCUAAAAAACGUGCUUUCUAUGUUCCCUUUUGGCAUAGUGUUACUCCAUACGAAAGAGCCGCUCUUCUCUAUUAAUUUUCACAGCCAACGUAUCUGCUGGAGGAUCAACAGCUGGAGUUGGCCGCUUAUAAUUCAGGGACAGGGAGCGCUCCACCAGAGGCGCAACAGUCACCAAGAACGAAUGUCUCCACUCAAACGCCAAGAGAUCAUUAUGGAUGAUGACAUGUGACUGUCGUGUGUACUUAUUAUCAAAAAAUAUUAUUUGAAAAAGAACUAGAACUACCUGACAUGCCACAAAAGCCGCAGCUGGCGGGGACUGUGGCGACCAGACAUACCAUAGUCGAUCGCAAUGACGACCAUAGCACUACACACACAGAGCACAAAGAAAUCCGGCGGGAUCGUACGCGUCGCCCGGAGCGCAUCAAAACAAACAAACAAACUAGAACUACUACAAUUGAAUUAAUACAUAGGGAUAGUUCUUUCUCACUGUCAUGAACAUAAUCGGACGUCAAGAUCUUCUAUGUACUUAAUGUAUUCUAUUUCUCAAAUUGGUUCUCGUUCUUUUGUAAUCCUUUGUAAUCCUUUGUUUUCCUUGCUCUAAGAACCUCCAGCUACUAGGACUUCUAGCCAACAUCAACCACACCCACACAAUGGACAUCAAGAGCCAUGCGUGGUACAACAGCCUGAGGCUUCCGCCUGGCGAUACCCAGCUCCUCAUCGCGAAGUAGUCCCCGGAGGACCUUCUCUUUCUUCACGUUCCUCUUAAGGCUAACUCUGAUCCAUCUCGUUUAUAGAGGUGAUCCCUCAACAACUGCAGUAUGCAGCCAGAGAGACACUAAGUAACGCAUGUUCUACUUGCGGGGUCCCUAAAUCAAUGGGCUUAGGGUUUAGGGAGGGUGGAAGCUCUAAUCUUCCCCUGGCGCUUCUGACCUACGUGGUUGGGAUAACCACAACCAAAUUCCUGGCGCUGGCGCUUCACGAGAUGUCAGCACCACCAGCAGAAGAGAUAGUGCCGACGAAAAGCAAAAUCGGAAGCGUUGGCUGUUGAAGGAGCUAAAAAAACUAGGACGAGG